GCCGUGGGAGGGGAGGGAGAGAGAGGAAGAGAAAAGGAGGCGUUCUUGCGUCCUUCUUACUUUUAGCUUUCGCUUAUUUAUUUAUUUAUUUUAAAGGAUAUUCGCCCUUUUUCAUCCGGAAAUUCGAGGGAGUGGGUUUCCCGCUUCACCAUCAGGAAGUGCCGUGUCCUCGCUUCCAGUCCUCUGUUUCUUACCUCGCACCCUCCUCUUCUUCUCUCUCUUUCUCUCUCUUUUACUAUUUUCCUACCUCCCACCUUCUCCCCCGAGAAAGCUGCCCUCCCAAAAUGGCGCCCCUGGACUUGGACAAGUAUGUGGAGAUUGCGCGACUUUGCAAGUAUCUGCCCGAGAACGACCUCAAGCGCUUGUGUGACUACGUUUGUGACCUUCUUCUAGAAGAAUCUAAUGUGCAGCCAGUGUCUACACCAGUUACAGUCUGCGGCGACAUACAUGGACAGUUUUAUGAUUUAUGUGAAUUGUUCAGAACUGGAGGUCAGGUUCCUGACACAAACUAUAUAUUUAUGGGUGACUUUGUAGACAGAGGCUAUUAUAGCCUUGAGACGUUUACCUAUCUUCUUGCCCUUAAAGCAAAAUGGCCUGAUCGCAUCACACUUUUACGUGGGAAUCAUGAGAGCAGACAGAUAACUCAAGUGUAUGGAUUUUAUGAUGAAUGCCAAACCAAAUAUGGUAAUGCUAAUGCCUGGAGAUACUGCACCAAAGUUUUUGACAUGCUCACAGUAGCAGCGUUAAUAGAUGAGCAAAUCCUCUGUGUACAUGGGGGCCUGUCUCCAGACAUAAAAACACUGGACCAGAUUCGGACCAUCGAGCGCAACCAAGAGAUCCCACACAAAGGAGCUUUUUGCGACCUUGUUUGGUCUGACCCAGAAGAUGUGGACACAUGGGCCAUAAGUCCCCGAGGUGCAGGCUGGCUGUUUGGGGCAAAAGUCACAAAUGAGUUUGUCCAUAUCAACAACUUAAAGCUCAUCUGCCGAGCCCACCAGCUGGUGCACGAAGGUUAUAAAUUUAUGUUUGAUGAGAAGUUGGUCACAGUGUGGUCUGCUCCGAACUACUGCUAUCGCUGUGGAAAUAUUGCCUCAAUCAUGGUAUUUAAAGAUGUAAAUACAAGGGAACCAAAGCUCUUCCGUGCAGUUCCAGACUCAGAACGUGUGAUCCCCCCAAGAACAACCACACCGUAUUUCCUCUGAGAUGUGGCUUUGCCCUUUUCUUUUGUGACAUACCCUUUUAGCACUUUGCUGCUGAAAUGCUGCCUCUUGCCUUUUAUAUUCUUAAAUUAUCUAAAUGUGUUGUAUAUUGUCAAUAGGGAUGCAUAUUUAAAUCUCUCUCCCUCCUCUUA